UAUGAUUUUGCUUACCUUUUGAAAGUCCUGACAGCACAAAACCUGCCUAGUGAGGAAUCAGAAUUCUUUGAUCUCCUUAAGCUAUAUUUUCCAAAUAUUUAUGACGUAAAGUACUUAAUGAAAAGUUGCAAAAGUCUUAAAGGUGGUCUACAGGAGGUGGCUGAACUACUGGAGGUAAGAAUCCAAAUAAAUAAAUCAUUUGAUGAAUCUAGGCAGAUGCCAAUUGUCUUGAUUAUUAUUUGAUUAAUUAUGGAGUUAAUCAUGAAACAAACACAAAAUAACAAAAGCAAAAGAAGUAAAGUAAAUGUUAUGUAACCGUUAACAAACUUUCUCUGUUAAAUUUAUUUGAAGCUUGAAAGAGUAGGACCCCAGCAUCAAGCCGGAAGUGAUAGUCUUUUAACAGGAAAUGCAUUUUUUAGAAUGAGAGAGGUA